UCCUCCGGUGCUCCCAGCUUCAUCCUCAGCCAAGCGGAGCCGCGGGAGAAGCCAGGCCCGACAUGACAGCACCGGGACGGGAGAAGAAAGUCCGUCUGCAGCCGCGUGUGACCGUCCGGCCGGAGGCGGUGUGGGCUGCGGGUCGCUAUGCCGUGCUGGCCGCCCUCUGUGCCCUGUGCUACAGCAACUCUCUCCGCGGGGAGUUGGUGCACGACGAUGUGUGGGCUAUCAUCAACAACCCGGACGUACGACCGGGCUCCAGCCUCAGAAACAUCUUCAGCAACGACUUCUGGGGCAAGAGGAUGGCGGACAACACGAGCCACAAGUCCUACAGACCGCUGUGCAUCCUCACCUUCAAGUUGAACAUCCUGUUGGGUGGCAUGACGCCUCUGUAUUUCCACGUCGUCAAUGUGUGUUUGCACUGCGCCGUAACCUGCCUGCUCAUGCACACGUGUGAGCGCUGCGUGUUCGAAGACUCGCGCCUGGCUUUCAUCACGGCGCUCCUCUUUGCCGUGCACCCUGUCCACACCGAGGCCGUGUCUGGAAUCGUGGGCAGGGCUGAUGUCUUGGCCUGUUUGCUGUUCUUGCUGACGUUCCUCUCCUAUAUUAGGAGUGUGGGUGUGUGCGUCUCCGAGGACUCUCUGCCCUCCACCGUCUCGGGGCGGUCUCUGUUCGCCAGUCUGUUGCUGGGCACCUGCGCCAUGCUGGUGAAGGAGACGGGCAUCACCGUGUUCGGGGUGUGCGCGCUCUACGACGCCCUGGUGCUCUGCCGCAAGCCUCUCAUCUAUCACCUGUCCGGCUCCAGACUCAGGGACAUCCUCUACAUCUGCAGCCCUUUCAUCAAACGAGCUUGCAUCAUCUUCUGCUAUGUGGUGAUCAUCAUGUCGGUCAGGCUGUGGCUGAUGGGAGGAUCCAUGCCUCUCUUUUCUGAACAGGACAACCCCGCCUCCUUCUCGCCUCACCUGCUUACCAGGGUUUUGACCUACUCGUACCUGCUGUCAUUUAAUGCCUGGCUGCUGCUGGCCCCCAUCGUGCUGUGCUAUGACUGGCAGGUGGGCAGCAUUCCCCUGGUGGAGGCGCUGGGUGACGUACGCAACGUGGCCACUGUGCUGCUGGCUGUCGUGAUGGUUGCCCUCUGCCUGCACUGCAUCUUCUCACUGCAGAAACAGGAGAGCAGGGAGGUGUUGGUGGGAAUGUUGUUUCUGGUAUUUCCCUUCAUUCCUGCCAGUAACCUCUUCUUCAGGGUUGGAUUUGUCGUGGCAGAGAGGGUUCUCUACAUGCCGAGUAUGGGUUACUGUAUCCUGGUGGCUCACGGCCUGGGCCGGCUGUGUUCGGUGGUUGGCCGUUGGGGCACCACGGUCCUCAGUGUCUCCAUGCUGCUGCUGCUCCUGCUCUUCUCCUGGAAGACCGUCCAGCAGAACCACGUCUGGCUCUCCAGGGAGGCCCUCUUCCGGUCUGGUAUCCAGACUCUGCCUCACAACGCCAAAGUCCACUACAACUUCGCCAACUUCCUGAAAGACAGUGGUCGGCACCAGGAGGCCAUUCACCACUACACCACUGCCCUCAGGUUAUAUCCCCGUCAUGCCAGCGCCAUGAACAACCUCGGCACUCUGACACGCAGCCCAGAGGAGGCUGAGCGUUACUACAGGAAAGCACUGGACACCAACCCUCAGCAUAACCGAGCUCUCUUCAACCUGGGAAACCUCCUCAAGUCCCAGGGGAAGGAGAAAGAGGCUGAGGCUCUGCUGAAGGACUCAAUCCGCUUCGGUCCACAUUUUGCUGAUGCUUACUCCAGUCUGGCGUCACUCUACGCGGAACAGAAGCGCUUUCCUGAAGCCAAUGAAGUGUAUCUGAAAGGCAUCGAGAACUGUCCUGACAGCUCCGACCUGCAUAAUAACUAUGGAGUGUUUCUGGUGGAUACGGGAGAGGGGGAGCUGGCAGCCGCUCAUUACCAGCAGGCAGUUCGACUCAAACCAGCGCACUAUGUUGCCAUGGUGAACCUGGGCCGCCUUCUCCGAUCGUCCAAUGAGAACAAAGAAGCGGAGUCUUGGUACAAGAGGGCGCUGCAGGUGACGAGGAAGGUGGACAUCCUGACACCGCUUGGAGCACUGUACUACAACACUGGCCGCUACGAGGAGGCCCUGCAGGUGUACAGAGAGGCCGCCGCCCUUCAGCCAGAGAGCACCGACAUCUGGCUGGCUCUGGCUCAGGUUUUAGCCAUGGCCGGUCGUACCAAAGAGGCAGAGAAGAUGACCUUGGACAUCAUAUCCAGAGAAGGCAGCUGUAUUGAAUGUUACCGCCUCCUGUCUGCCAUCUACAGCAAGCGUGGCAACUUCACAGAGGCCCUGGAUGCUCUGGACAGGGCCCUGCAGCAGAAUCCCAGUGAUCUGACAGUGAGAGCUGAGCUGUAUUUCUCCAAAGGAAACCAGCUCAGAGAGAUGAACCAGCUGGACAGAGCCUUUGAGAGCUACAAGCUGGCUGUUGAACUCAAACCUGACCAGUCCCAGGCCUGGAUGAACAUGGGAGGGAUUCAGCACAUCAAGGGAGACUAUGCAGCAGCCAGGAUGUACUACCAGCGAGCCCUGCUUCUCAGUCCUGGUUCCAAACUCCUGAAAGAAAACCUGGCCAAGCUGGACCGUCUAGAGAGGAGACUGACAGGGGGGGCGUAGACCACCACGGUCCCACAGACGCUGCAUCAUCCUGGGCACGGAUCAGGGGAGGAGGGCGCCGUCCAGACCUCUGGAGCCCAAACACCAGUCACCAGGCUGCUGGAUAAAACGGACCUGGUUACUAAGACAAAGGAGGACGGUGAACUUGUCAGGACUUCAGAGUGUUCGGUGUGCCGGAGCCAAGGAGACUGGUCGAGCCACAGUCCAGAAGCCUUUCCUGGGGGGUAAACAGAGAGGAAUGGCUGGUUGAAGAGCGCUGUGAGCUCCAUGUAAUUCCCUGUCUGCAUCAGCUUUACUUCAACAUGCAUAUCUGCUUGAGACAUUUGUGUUUGGUUGAUUUAUUAUUUAGGUUCCAGAGAGUCAUUUCCUUUAUGAAACUAAUCACAGAUUAUAACUGAGUCCUCUGCUCUGCCUAUGAGAAUUAUUCAUGUAUUUACAUUAGUGCUGUGAACGUGUGUGCAAAAUGUUACCAUGAAGGGAAUGAGCAGUUCAUUCUUCACCUUUGUGAAUAGUAUGUGUAACAAAAUAUUCUGAGCUCAAAGGUUCGCCAGUUUUUCAGAGCUUUCAACCACAAGGUCAAGGUCUUCUUCAACGGAGCUGGCUCAGGUGUCAUUAUGUGACUGGAGAAAGGAACAUCAGUCACAUGAUAACAAGCUGUCAGUCAGCACCACCAGGAGUCAGUGGACGGCAGAAGGAAGAUUAAGGAGGAUAUUCACAGCUGACACCAGUGAGCAGAGCUGUGAUAAGAUCAUAGGCAGGACUUUAAGCUCUGGUAACAUUUCUGUGAAUGAAACUUGGCCCACAAGUGGAGCAGAAAAAAGGUAGCCUUGUGUAGCAAUUAAGGGACGUCGAUUAAGCUAAUGAUCAAAUCUCACAAAACAGCAGCUCCGCACGAACAGAUGGUUUUCAUGGGGCUUAGAGAGUUUGUGGAUCUGACUUGAAACACUUGGAAGACCCACACAAACAAGACAUGGAAAAAUAAGAGAGGUUUAGAAUGAGAGUAGGAAACUGCUCCUACACAAGGCCUAUUAUUGUUUCACUGUAGAACACUGGUCAUUUCCACUUGGUGCUUUUUUUUUUUUUUUUACCUCACAAACCGUCUUUAGCUGAACGCAGACACAGAGGACACAUUAAUCACACAGUUGGCAGGUAACGUCGGUCAUAUUACUUUAGUUGCAGAUGAUAAAACCUGCCGUCAGUACCACCGCCUAACAAUGAGAAUCGUGCUUAUCUGAAUGUGUUAAUGUCUGAGUGUGACGAUCUGACGUAUCAUCUGUUGUCCGUCGGCCGUCGUCGACACCGAGAAAUGUUCCUUUCCCUCUCACUCUUCGACAUGAUUGGCUGCUUUUUUUGGAUUGAUUCAAAAGACUAAAGUCCAUGUGACGUCAAAGUUAAGCCGUAGGUCUUUCUUUCAGUUUGUCAGGCCAAGUCAAUUUAUGAUCUUUACAGCGUACGACAGCCGCGCUCCAUGGAACCUGUAAAGAAUAGACCAACAUAGCAAAAUUACAAUAUGGACGAUCAUGAUGAGAAAAACUAUAGAAGUCAUCAGACUCAUGAAGUCAUGUGACUGAAGACCACAACUAACACCUGAGCUGGCUGCACUCGAUGAAGAAGACUGAAAGCUCAGAAAACUAAGUAAGGGACUUUUGAGUUUGGAUCACCGUGUUGCACCAGAAGGGAAUGGUUUGGCACAAGAUUAACACUGAUCCCACUCUCUGUCGGCUCAUCAGUGAAUAUAACAAAAAGUAAAAAUCUGUAUAGAUCUCAGAUUAUAUGACUUAUUGAAAAAUGAUUCCUAACAGACAGAAACUAUUCCACGUUCAUCUGACCUCCGUGCCCAGAACUAGCUACAGUACGCGAACCUUCUGCAAGUAUAAUAAGCUCAGUGUGAGUGUCAGUGUGAGGAGUUGAAACUUGUGGCUUCACGCGUACCAUAACCUCUGAAGAUUGCCAUUUGGUUGCUUGUUGUGGUUUUGUUGACAUUGAUGUUGAUUGUGAAUGAAUUUUGAAGUGAAAUGACAAUGGGGUGAAAAUGAAGUGACUAGUGCAAUGACUGACUUGCACC